AUGGAGCCAGAAACUGCGCCGAGCCCUUCGCUAAAUGGCGAAUUGCCUCCUGGGUUUAUUCCCAUGGGCCCACCAGUGUCUGCUCCGACUCCAUCACAGUCGUCGCGUACUAUGUCUGCCUAUACUGGCGCUGGAGUGCCUUUGCCACCAUCGGCUACAUCCACUUUUUACCAGUUGCCGUCCGAACCAGGAUUGCGUGCCGGAAGAGGCACGUCUUCUGUAUCCGGCAUGUCCGGUGGGCAACCUACAUCUCGCUCUCGUCGGUCCAGAAACGGUGGUUCCACUUCUGAUCCUGUUAUGAUCCCAUUGCCCCCGACUGUUGCGUCAUCCUCGAUUGUUUUACCGCCGCCAGACUUACUCUCUCGACCGCACGGUGAUUCCACCAGUUCCACCUCCACAACUUCAGAAGACGAGGCUGUCAGAUCGAGUAUUGCGUCCAGCUCUGCAGAUACGCUCACUACCCCACCGAUGCGUAACAGGAAAACCUUGUCAAAAGCCAGAAAUCCUGCCUAUGAUGCCGCGCCUGUCCCUACCGGCUUUGAAUACCCAGCUACACCUUCCGUCCGCAACUCAACACCUGGCAACGCCGCAAGAGUGCCUCUCCCGCCUUCCACAACUGCCGGCACCCCACGGACGACAUCUGCAUUCACUCCACAUCGCAGUGGUGCCAACAUCAAUGCGGGAAUGACUCCCGGCGUGCGUCACUCGUCCUUGCGCAGCGGUGGCAGGGAACCCAAGGUUCAUCAUCGUCAUUCCUACAAACGCUUCGAUAGUAAUGCUUACUUGGACCCGGCUUACCUUGCCAGUUCUGACGACCUCCAUGAAACUGAUGACAGCUCACGAUAGUAACACCUCAUGUUCAUGACUCCGGGAUGAGACUAACACAAGGGAGUUCUCACACCGAAGGUAGAGCUGGUCCUCUUCAUGAUUUCGAUUUUCCAUUAUAUAUACUUCACGAAUGUACCCUGUAAUUUCAGACUUGACGUUUGUGAAUUACAGAGAGCCUAUAUCGCAUAUGAUCGAUGCUAUAUUAGCCAAGUUGC